AUGGCUCUCACGAGCUGGAAAGCAUUCCCUUUUUUCAAUGUAUCCCAAAUCCCUGUGCCUGCUAAUGAGGACGGCUCAUAUGUCAUCGAUAACGAUGUUGUGUCGUUGACUACAGGUUCUGAUUCCCUAUUCCUUGGAUCUUCUGAUGGCUCGGUGCGGAUUCUUUCUCGUGCCUUGAAGGUUGUGCGCCGCUUUCAAGCUUCAGACGCCUCGGAUGCUUCAGUCACCCACCUAAAACAAAUACCGAAUACCUCGUUUUUGGUCACCGUCAGCGAGAAUCUCUCAACGGAUCCGACCUUGAAAGUCUGGGCCUUGGACAAAUUAGAGAAGAAGACAGGAGUCCCUAGAUGCUUGUGUGCAAUUGGAGUUCAAAAUGGCAGGAGACAAUUUCCGGUGUCAGCCCUGGUGGUCCUGAAUGAUCUGACCCAAAUUGCAGUGGGAUUCGCCAAUGGAUCUGUCACAGUCAUUCGAGGAGACUUCAUUCAUGAUCGAGGAACCAAGCAAAGAACAGUUUUCGAGUCUGAGGACCCCAUUACCGGCUUGGAGGCCCGUCAGGGUUCAACCAAAGUUCUCUAUAUUGCGAACACAGCGAAAAUAUGCAGUCUGAUCAUAUCUGGCAAGGGCCAAGGUCAGCCAGUACGGAACGUCGACAACCGAGGAUGCAAUGUCGGCUGCAUGACACAAGACCACGAGACUGGAGAUAUAGUCAUCGCUCGAGAAGAUGCUAUCUAUUACUAUGGUCCAAAUGGACGCGGACCUAGUUAUGCGUUCGAAGGCCCGAAGAAAAUUGUGAAGAUGUACAACCAGUAUGUCGGUUUGGUCUGCCCACCACGAGUAGCACAGGUGUCCAAAUCCAAAACAUUUAGAAGACUUGGAGGUGACGAGAUAGACGAGCUAUUCAGCAGUUCCUCCUUCACCUUGCUUGACACUGAUCUCAAAUAUAUCGCUCAUACCGAGUCGCUCUCUUCUCAGGUCAAAGAGGUCUUUGUUGAAUGGAAUGAGCUCUUUCUUUUGACCGUGGAAGGAAAGCUAUAUAGGUACCAAGAGAAAACGUUGCAGCAGAAGCUCGAGAUUCUCUACCAGCGAAAUUUGUAUAUCUAUGCCAUCAACCUCGCACAAAAGUCAGGUGCGGACAAAAUUCAACAAAACAUUAUCUUCCGAAAGUAUGGUGACUAUCUCUACCAGAAAGGCGACUAUGACACAGCCAUGCAGCAGUAUCUGAGGGCCAUUGACAAUACCGAACCAUCCCAAGUCAUUCGACGAUUUCUAGACACGCAGAGGAUUCACAACUUAAUCGACUAUCUCGAAGAGCUGCACGAUCAUGACAGAGCCACUGCUGAUCAUACAACGUUGCUAUUAAAUUGCUACGCCAAGCUGAAAGAUACUGAGAAAUUAGAUGCUUUCAUCCGAACUCCAGGAACCACCAAAUUUGAUGUCGAAACCGCAAUCUCAAUGUGUCGACAGGGAGGAUACUUUGAACAAGCGGCAUAUCUGGCCACCAAACACGGCGAGAACGAAUUGGUCAUCGAUAUAUUGAUUGAGGACUCAAAGAAGUACGCCGAAGCAUUGCAGUACAUUUGGCGUCUCAAUCCGGAAUCAGCCUACCCGGUAUUAAUGAAAUAUGCUCGCAGCCUCAUUGAACAUUGUCCGGAAGAGACGACCAAACUCUUCAUUGAAUAUUACACAGGACGGUAUGCCCCGAAAAAGGACGUGCCAGCUGUGUCCGAAGUUCAGGCGCAGACUGAGGGAGGAGCCUUCCAAAGCCUCUCGGCUCUCUGGACUUUGCCAUUCAUGAAUCGAUCCUCUGCUGCUGACUCGGCCGUUCCGGUCAAUCAACCACCGGAAAGCAACGAUCAGACUGAUGAUGCUCCGGAACUCAACCACAAUCCAGUAUACACGAUACCACGUCCUCGAAGCGCGUUUUCUUCAUUCCUAGCUCACCCCUCAGAGUUCAUCACCUUUCUCGAAGCUUUGAUUCUCCAAGAAGAUCUGUCCAAGAAGGACAGUUCAGACCUGUCCACUACCCUGUUCGAGAUGUACCUUGAGGCUGCAAAUAAUGCACGAGGCAGUGCCGAAAAGGAAAAAUGGCAGAUAAAGGCCACCAGCUUAAUAGCUGAUAACAAGUCUGCAUCACCGGCUGCAUCGUCAAUUGAUACUUCGAAUGUCCUGCUUCUGUCUUCUCUGUCCAAAUUCCCCGCUGGUACAACGUUGGUGCGGGAACGAGCGAACCUCUACGCUGACAUAUUUCGAUCGUACACCUCGGCGAAAGACACAUCUGGAGCAAUAUCAGCACUGAGAAAGUACGGGGCAAAGGAUCCAUCCCUCUACCCACUUGCUCUUGGUUAUUUUUCUUCAUCAGCCGAAGUCCUCAAAGAAGCCGGGGUCAAAGAAGAACUUCAAAACGUUCUCCGCAAAAUUGACCAGGAGAACCUGAUGGCACCACUGCAGGUAGUGAAAGUCCUAUCCCAAGGCGGGGCUGUGAUGAUGGGUAUGGUUAAAGCGUAUCUCUCUGAUAAUAUCUUGAGGGAGCGCAAGGAAAUCCAGGCCAACCGCCGGUUGAUCGACUCCUAUCGGACAGAAACUGCGUCCAAAAAAUCGGAACUGGCAGACCUUGGAUCGAAGCCUGUAGUGUUUCAAGCACGCCGGUGCUCAUCGUGUGGUCGAAACCUAACGUUACCGACGGUACACUUCAUGUGUAAGCAUUCGUUUCAUCAAGAAUGCUUGAACAAACCCGGACUGGGUAUGAACGAAGACGACAAAGUGGAAUGUCCCAUUUGCAAACCCGGAAAUGACACCAUCAAAGCAAUUCGGCGCCAGCAGGUAGAGAGUACGGAUCAGCAUGACCUGUUCAAAGCGGCAUUGGCCAGAAGCAACCAUCGAUUCGGUACCGUUAGCGAAUUCUUCGGACGGGGAGUAAUGGGGUCAACGCCCACUACAGAAUGA